AUGGCUCAAAAACCUCUCAGCGAUGAUGAGAAAUUCCUCUUUGUGGACAAAAACUUCAUUAAUAACCCACUUGCCCAGGCUGACUGGUCAGCGAAGAGACUGGUUUGGGUUCCAUCAGAGAAACAUGGAUUUGAAGCAGCAAGUAUCAAGGAAGAGAAAGGGGAUGAGGUGACAGUUGAACUGACGGAAAAUGGAAAGAAAGUGACACUGAGCAAAGAUGAUAUCCAAAAGAUGAACCCGCCAAAGUUCUCCAAAGUGGAAGACAUGGCAGAGCUGACCUGCCUCAAUGAAGCUUCAGUGCUGCACAAUCUAAGGGAGAGAUACUUCUCAGGUUUAAUUUAUACUUAUUCAGGUCUCUUCUGUGUUGUGAUAAAUCCAUACAAACAGCUGCCCAUUUAUUCAGAGAAGAUUAUUGACAUGUACAAGGGAAAGAAGAGGCACGAAAUGCCACCCCACAUCUAUGCUAUUGCGGACACAGCCUACAGGAGCAUGCUGCAAGAUCGAGAAGACCAGUCUAUCCUGUGCACAGGUGAAUCUGGUGCUGGCAAGACAGAAAAUACCAAAAAGGUCAUUCAGUACCUGGCUGUUGUUGCUUCAUCACAUAAGGGCAAAAAGGACACCAGCAUCACUCAAGGUCCAUCUUUUUCUUACGGUGAGCUGGAAAAACAGCUUCUACAGGCAAACCCUAUUCUUGAAGCUUUUGGAAAUGCCAAAACCGUGAAGAAUGACAACUCCUCCAGAUUCGGCAAAUUCAUCCGCAUCAACUUUGAUGUGACAGGCUACAUUGUCGGAGCAAACAUAGAGACUUAUUUGCUUGAAAAAUCCCGUGCUAUUCGUCAGGCUAAAGAUGAGCGAACGUUUCAUAUCUUUUACUAUUUGAUUGCUGGAGCUUCUGAACAAAUGAGAAAUGAUCUGUUGCUGGAAGGCUUCAACAAUUAUACCUUUCUCUCUAAUGGUCACGUGCCUAUUCCUGCUCAACAAGAUGAUGAAAUGUUCCAGGAGACCUUGGAAGCCAUGACAAUUAUGGGCUUUACUGAGGAGGAACAGACAGCUAUAUUGAGAGUUGUUUCAUCUGUCCUACAGCUGGGUAAUAUUGUCUUCAAGAAGGAGAGAAACACUGAUCAAGCUUCUAUGCCUGACAAUACUGCUGCACAAAAAGUGUGUCACCUGAUGGGAAUUAAUGUGACAGAUUUCACAAGAUCUAUUCUAACCCCAAGGAUCAAAGUAGGACGAGAUGUUGUUCAGAAAGCUCAGACCAAAGAACAGGCUGAUUUUGCCAUAGAGGCUUUGGCCAAGGCAAAAUUCGAACGUCUUUUCCGUUGGAUUCUAACACGUGUAAACAAAGCUCUUGAUAAAACAAAAAGACAAGGUGCUUCUUUCUUGGGCAUUCUUGAUAUUGCUGGAUUUGAGAUUUUUGAGGUCAAUUCCUUUGAGCAGCUGUGCAUCAAUUACACUAAUGAAAAACUUCAGCAGCUUUUCAACCACACUAUGUUUAUAUUGGAGCAAGAGGAAUAUCAGCGUGAGGGCAUCGAAUGGAAUUUCAUUGACUUUGGCCUUGACCUGCAACCUUGCAUUGAGCUAAUUGAAAGACCGACCAACCCUCCAGGUGUCCUGGCUCUGCUGGAUGAAGAGUGCUGGUUCCCCAAAGCUACUGACACGUCCUUUGUGGAAAAACUCAUUCAAGAGCAAGGCAACCAUGCCAAAUUCCAGAAGUCCAAGCAACUCAAGGAUAAAACCGAGUUCUGUAUAAUGCACUAUGCAGGAAAGGUUACCUACAAUGCAACUGCCUGGCUAACAAAGAACAUGGAUCCACUAAAUGACAACGUGACUUCUCUGCUAAACCAGUCUUCAGACAAAUUUGUGGCAGACCUUUGGAAAGAUGUGGACCGUAUAGUUGGGCUGGACCAGAUGGCCAAGAUGACUGAAAGUUCACUGCCUAGUGCUUCAAAAACCAAGAAAGGCAUGUUCCGUACUGUGGGCCAACUCUAUAAGGAGCAGCUGACUAAACUGAUGACCACCUUAAGGAACACCAAUCCCAACUUUGUCCGCUGUAUCAUUCCAAAUCAUGAAAAAAGGGCUGGCAAACUUGAUGCCCAUUUAGUGCUGGAGCAGUUGCGCUGUAAUGGUGUCUUGGAAGGUAUUCGUAUCUGCCGGCAGGGAUUCCCCAACAGGAUUGUCUUCCAGGAGUUCCGUCAGCGAUACGAAAUUCUUGCUGCAAAUGCUAUUCCUAAAGGAUUCAUGGACGGGAAGCAGGCUUGCAUACUGAUGAUCAAAGCACUGGAACUUGAUCCAAACUUGUACAGAAUUGGGCAGAGUAAGAUCUUCUUCAGAACUGGUGUUCUGGCUCACCUGGAAGAAGAGAGAGACCUGAAGAUCACAGAUGUCAUUAUUGCCUUCCAGGCUCAGUGCCGAGGCUACCUGGCAAGAAAAGCCUUUGCCAAGAGACAGCAACAGCUGACUGCAAUGAAGGUUAUCCAAAGAAACUGUGCUGCUUAUCUGAAGCUGAGGAACUGGCAAUGGUGGAGACUGUUCACUAAAGUGAAACCGCUGCUACAAGUUACCCGCCAAGAGGAAGAAAUGCAGGCCAAGGAUGAAGAACUGCAAAGAACUAAGGAAAGACAACAGAAAGCAGAGGCUGAAUUGAAGGAGCUAGAACAGAAACACACCCAGCUUUGUGAAGAGAAGAACCUCCUUCAGGAACAGCUUCAGGCAGAAACUGAACUGUAUGCUGAAGCUGAAGAGAUGAGAGUCCGUUUAGCUGCUAAGAAACAAGAGCUGGAAGAGAUUCUGCAUGAGAUGGAGGCCAGGAUUGAGGAAGAGGAGGAGCGCAGCCAACAGUUGCAAGCAGAGAAGAAAAAGAUGCAGCAACAAAUGCUGGACCUGGAAGAACAACUUGAAGAAGAAGAAGCUGCAAGACAGAAACUGCAGCUUGAAAAAGUAACAGCAGAUGGCAAGAUAAAGAAAAUGGAAGAUGAUAUUCUCAUAAUGGAAGAUCAGAAUAACAAGCUAACAAAGGAAAGAAAACUUCUUGAGGAAAGAGUAAGCGAUCUAACAACGAAUCUUGCAGAAGAGGAAGAAAAAGCCAAAAAUCUUACAAAGCUGAAAAACAAACAUGAAUCUAUGAUUUCAGAACUGGAAGUGCGACUGAAGAAAGAAGAGAAGAGCAGACAAGAACUGGAGAAAAUAAAGAGGAAGUUGGAAGGGGAGUCAAGUGAUCUACAUGAGCAAAUUGCAGAGCUCCAGGCACAAAUUGCUGAGCUGAAGGCACAACUAGCCAAGAAAGAGGAAGAGCUGCAGGCUGCUCUAGCCAGGCUUGAGGAUGAAACUAGUCAGAAGAACAAUGCCCUCAAGAAGAUCCGUGAAUUGGAAUCUCACAUCUCUGAUCUCCAGGAAGACUUGGAGUCUGAGAAAGCUGCAAGAAACAAAGCAGAAAAACAGAAGAGAGACCUAGGUGAAGAGCUGGAGGCUCUUAAGACAGAGCUUGAAGAUACUUUGGAUACCACAGCCACCCAGCAAGAACUCAGAGCAAAACGUGAACAGGAGGUCACAGUGCUGAAGAGAGCUCUGGAGGAGGAGACUCGAACUCAUGAAGCCCAAGUCCAGGAGAUGAGGCAAAAACACACUCAAGCUGUAGAAGAGCUAACAGAGCAGCUGGAACAAUUUAAAAGGGCUAAAGCAAGCUUGGAUAAGACCAAACAGACACUGGAGAAAGAAAAUUCUGAGCUGGCUAAUGAAGUCAGGAGCCUGAAUCAGGCCAAACAGGAUGUGGAGCACAAAAAGAAGAAGCUGGAAGUACAACUGCAAGAGUUACAGUCCAAGUACACUGACGGAGAGCGUGUUCGGACAGAACUCAAUGAAAGAGUUCAUAAACUACAGAUUGAGGUUGAAAAUGUUACCGGUUUGCUCAACGAAGCAGAAAGCAAGACAAUCAAAUUGACCAAAGAUGUUGCAACCUUAGGAUCUCAGCUACAAGACACACAGGAGCUGCUUCAGGAAGAAACACGGCAGAAGCUAAAUGUGUCUACCAAGCUUCGUCAGUUGGAAGAUGAAAGGAACAGCUUGCAGGAGCAGUUGGAUGAAGAAGUAGAAGCAAAACAAAAUCUGGAGAGACAUAUUUCAACACUUACGAUACAGCUCUCCGACUCUAAGAAGAAGCUACAGGAAUUUUCCGCCACGGUAGAAACUAUGGAAGAAGGUAAAAAGAAACUUCAGCGAGAAAUUGAAAGUCUCACGCAACAGUUUGAGGAAAAGGCUGCUUCUUAUGACAAACUGGAAAAAACCAAGAACAGACUCCAGCAGGAGCUGGAUGACCUGGUGGUGGACUUAGAUAACCAACGUCAGCUGGUCUCCAACCUCGAGAAGAAGCAGAAGAAGUUUGAUCAGAUGCUGGCUGAAGAGAAAAACAUCUCUUCAAAAUAUGCAGAUGAAAGGGACAGAGCAGAAGCUGAAGCAAGAGAAAAGGAAACAAAGGCUCUGUCAUUGGCGCGGGCACUUGAAGAGGCUUUGGAAGCCAAAGAAGAACUGGAGAGAACAAACAAAAUGUUGAAAGCUGAAAUGGAAGAUCUUGUUAGCUCCAAAGAUGAUGUCGGCAAGAAUGUCCACGAAUUGGAGAAGUCUAAACGGACCCUUGAACAGCAAGUAGAAGAGAUGAAGACACAAUUAGAAGAGCUAGAGGAUGAGCUACAGGCUGCUGAAGAUGCCAAACUCAGGUUGGAAGUUAACAUGCAAGCCAUGAAAAGCCAGUUUGAAAGAGAUCUACAGGCCAGAGAUGAGCAGAAUGAGGAGAAGAGAAGACAACUCCUUAAACAGCUCCAUGAACAUGAAACGGAACUGGAAGAUGAGCGGAAGCAACGUGCCCUGGCAGCUGCAGCCAAAAAGAAGUUGGAGAUUGAUGUCAAAGAUCUAGAAAGCCAAGCUGAUUCUGCUAACAAAGCUCGGGAAGAAGCCAUCAAACAACUUCGCAAACUACAAGCUCAGAUGAAGGACUACCAACGAGAGCUGGAUGAUGCACGGGCUGCCAGAGAAGAAAUAUUUGCUACAGCCAGAGAAAAUGAGAAGAAAGCAAAGAGCCUGGAAGCAGAACUCAUCCAGCUUCAAGAGGACCUGGCUGCUGCAGAGAGAGCUCGCAAACAAGCAGAUCUGGAGAAAGAAGAGCUGGCAGAGGAACUUGCAAGUGCUUCUUCUGGAAGGACAAGCCUUCAGGAUGAGAAACGGCGCCUAGAGGCAAGAAUUGCCCAACUGGAGGAAGAGCUAGAAGAGGAGCACAGCAACAUAGAGGCAAUGGGUGAUCGCAUGAGGAAAGCAGUACAGCAGGCAGAGCAGCUGAACAAUGAGCUGGCAACAGAGCGUUCAACUGCACAGAAGAAUGAAAAUGCCAGGCAGCAACUGGAGAGGCAGAACAAAGAGCUAAAGAGUAAACUGCAAGAGAUGGAGGGAGCUGUGAAGUCCAAAUUCAAAAGCACAAUUGCUGCUCUGGAGGCCAAAAUUGCUUCUCUUGAAGAGCAGUUGGAACAGGAAGCCAGAGAGAAGCAGACUGCAGCCAAGACGUUGCGCCAGAAGGACAAGAAGCUCAAGGAUGCACUGCUGCAGGUGGAGGACGAGAGAAAGCAAGCAGAGCAGUACAAAGAUCAGGCCGAGAAGGGCAACCUACGACUCAAGCAACUGAAAAGGCAGCUGGAGGAGGCUGAGGAAGAGUCUCAGCGUAUCAAUGCAAACCGCAGGAAGCUGCAGAGAGAGCUGGAUGAAGCUACUGAGAGUAAUGAAGCCCUGGGCCGGGAGGUUGCAGCACUGAAGAGCAAGCUAAGGAGGGGAAAUGAGCCAGCAUCUUUUGCCCCACCCCGCAGAUCUGGAGGCAGAAGAGUAAUUGAGAAUGCAACAGAUGGAGGUGAAGAAGAAAUUGAUGGAAGAGAUGGAGAUUUCAAUGGAAAAGCCAGUGAAUAAACACGCUUAAAACUUGCACUGCAGUAAGGGGAAGGAGGAUGAUAUUUAGCACUGUUUAAGUCUACUCUUAGUGUCAAGGUCACACACACCCACUCCUCUGAUGAUGAUAAAAAGCACAACUGCCUUGUCUCUAAUGUAUAGAUUGAUGUUAAAAGUACUCCAAAACUUUUACCAUGAAGUGUGUUUGAAAAGUUUUGUUUUAAAUUCAGAGUAUUUCACCAAGAAUCUUCCAGAAAGCAAGUUCUAAUAGCUCAGACAAUUUAAGUCCCAGUGAACUGAAGUUUACAAAGGAUUUGUAAGACUGUUGCAGGGGAAAAAAAGACAUUGGUCAGUUAAUCUUUUCUUAAACUUUCAUUUUGUCUUAAGUAUUCAAUAUAACUUUUUUUUCCUGGUUACUACACCCCUGACGCACCAUUCACAAGGUGAAAGUGCCUUUUUAAUCACUUACUGAAAAACAAAAUAUCAUUUGUUCAAAUUAAGUCAACUGUUACAGUUUUAUAUGCACCAUGGAUGUGCUUACACACUAAUAAAAGUCUAUAAAAAACACCCCAAUAUUCUUGUGUGCAGGUGUCACUUGGGUGCAACACAACAUGCUGGAAGGAAAUAGGAGACACAAUGGAACAUCUUUACAACUCAUAUACCUUUUAGGAAAGGUCAGCUAUAAUCACCAGAAUGAAAAACUGAUAAUCUAAGUAAUUGCUUUCGAAGGAAUAAAAGAAUAUGUACAGUCAGCUGAAUGAAAAAUGAUAUGAAGCACUUGGGAAAGGUUUGGCUACCAUAUGGAGACAUGGUGCUAAGAAACCCUAGGAUGGAUCUAAGGACAGACAGGACCUUCAAGAGACUUGCACCCUUCUGGCGCAGCAGCUAGAAAGCAGACAGGGCCCUAAAUACUUAUGUUUAGGCAACUGCAUCAACACUUGAAGUCUGUAUGCAUAGGGACAGUUCCAGCCAAAACCUCUAAAGCAGGCUGGAAACAAUUAGACACAGCAGCCCCCACUGAAUGCAGUGAUCCAAGCCAAGCUACUCUGUAUAAAGGGAUCAGCACACAGUUACUUUUAUUUUUGGAGCACUCCAACAGGACUGCAGCCCACUUCUGGGAACUACCAGGACCUACCACAAAUCCACGCAGCUCUAAUACUUCCAGAUAGCAGCUGGCUUUGUGGUCAUAGUGGGACAGUAGAGAACCAUGAACAGCAAAGCUAGGUGUAGAAUUGCUCUAACUGAGAACAGAGAGCUUCCUCCAUGUCUUAGGUUGUACUGCAGGUGAACCUUAAACAGUAUGACUACAGGGAGAGAAGAUCAUGUAUAAGUAUCUAUCUUAACUGCUAAUGUGAUCACCUUCCAAAACUGAAUUUUGUACCAGAAGGCACAGAGACCAUGAACUCAGGAACUUCAGACCAGGCACCAUUUAGCCAGCAGAAGUAGAUCCCAUAGAGUUCUCUUUGCUCAUAAAAGAGUAAAGUCACUAUUUAGUGUGACUACAAUGACAAACUGGUGAUGGGCAGUAAGUAGCUGUCAGCUGAGAGCUUUUCAUUGCAUGGUCAGGCAAGCAGCCCAGCUCUGUAAAUAGUCCAAUACCCAGCUAUUACACUGGUGAGCCUACACAUGUGCAAACAAGGAGACCAAGGAAGUCAGAGUUCAAACAGAACAGUCUUAAGCACCAAUACUCAGAUCAGAGCUGGGCAAUUGAACAUUGUGACCUUCUAAAAGGAUUUCUUCUGAAAAAUUCAUAUGAAUAACAGUAAAUGUUGGCCCAAUGGUUAGAGUACUGCCGUAGCACUUCAGAAACUUGGGUUCUAGUCCCUAUUCCACAAAGUUUGUGACAAAAUAUGAAGCCUAAGAGCAUUUAUUUAGUAACACUACAGAGAGAAUCCAGCUGCAACAGUAGCCAGAUAUACUGGUUUUGGCUGGAUACACUAUACUUUGGAUUUGUAAUGAAAACAGUAUUGACAGAACACUGAUGUUUUAGCUGUUAAUGAAUAGUGCUUACAGCCAGUCAAGGCCUCUUGUUUUCCAUGUUGCCCUGUCAGCAAGCUGGCUGAGGGUGGACAAAAGGCUGGGGGGAGAAGACACAGCCAGGACAGACCUCAACUGACCAAAUGGAUAUUCUAUACCAUAUUUCACAUCACAGCCAGCAAUAAAAGCUGGGGGAAAAGAGGAGCAAUGUGGCAUGGGGAGCAGGGGCAUGCAUUCAGAGUUGUGUCUUCCCAAGUAAUUGUCAAGCAUGAUGAUUUGCUUUCCUGGAAAUGGCUGAACAUAUGCCUGCCAAGGGGAAGCACUGAAUGAAUUCCUUAUUUUACUUUGCUUGCACACACAGCUUUUCCUUUACCUAUUAAACUGUCUUGAUUUCAACCCAUGAGUCCUUUGCAUUUUUACCUAUCCAAUUUUCUUCCCCCGACCCCACUGGGCAUGGGAAGGAAGCAUGUGACUGUGUGGUGCUUAGCUGGCUGCCAGAGUUAACCCCCAAUACCAAACUAGUUUCACUCCCAGCAGAUGCACCAUUACAGAGGUGACCAUUCUACACUAAAUUAUUCUGACAAUUCCCAACAGCAUGCCCCUGCCGUCAGAUUACAUUUUUUUUUAUGCGACUACAACUGUAUCUGUAUAACAUACUACCUUAAACUAUCUGUAGUCACUAACUUCAAAUUCGUGGCCCUAGCACAGCCCUGACUUUGUCUCUACCUUAUUUCAGUGCUGACUUUCAACUUGAAUGCAAGCCAACCUGCUCACCAAGCAGGCAAAUUCUGGCAAGAUCAUACAGAAAAUGCAACUUGUCUUGAGUGAUCCCUCCAUGCUACAUAGUCCAGUGAGCCAGAGUCCAUGUGACAGCAGAACUAACAAAGUAGCCCACAUGCUUCAGCUCUUCAUGGGUAAGAAAAGUGUGAACUCCCUGUGUGAGAGGACAAAAAUCAUGUUAAAAUGGAUUAAAACCAGAGUUCAAAGUUUUUAGAGAGCAAUGCCAACUCUAGGCAUUGCGUAAAUCCCAAAGGCAUCAUUAAUUAUGGCAACAUUUACAUUCCUUAGGAUAGGAAACCAUGAGAACAAGG